AUGGCGUCGGAUCGUAUGGGAGCUCGCAAGGCUCACAGGAGUUCAGAAGGCUCCCACUUCCCCCCGAAACACUACUACGCCGAGAGAUCCACCGCCGCCGACGCUGCUCCCUCCUCGUCCUCGUCCCCCCGAAGAGCCGACCGCGACGCUGCCCACCGAUCUGCCCCGGCUGCUCCUAAGCGACACACUCCCCAUUACGCAGUUCACCGGGAGUCGUCAAUCGAGCCCUUGCGGCCUUCCGAACAGUCAGCAAGUUACCGCGACUCAAUUGUUUCCAUUGUUGAUGACCCCUUUUUCCUGCGCUUUGACGACCACAACAUCGAGGCUGCCCUUGCGUUUGACUCGCGCUGGACCACCACUACCCUAGACAGCCCCGACGACGACGACGACGACCAAAACGCAGACGACGAAGAGGAGAACGAGGCCAACAGCCAGGGCAACCAAGACGGCGAAUCAGCAGGAUCCGACCUUGAUAGCCUCCAAUUCCGCGAUGAAGACACGCCCAACGAGCGCUGGCCGCCCCCAAGAAGAGAGUCGUUGAUAAUAGGGCAUUCCUUGUACUGGGUAAUGAUGCCCCACCAGACACAGACUGCGGGGUAG